CUCCACCAUGGUGGCGGCGGUGCGCGCUGCGGGAAUUCUCCCUGUGCUGUGUGGCGCGUCGGCGGGUCAUUUAUGGUCCAGGCAGCUUUACCUAAACAGCUUUCCAACAGCUUCCAUUUUGGCAUUGAAGACUGUUCCCAGCAAUGGCUCUUUGUCAUCUCCAGGAACCAGAGACAACCGUCAUUUUAUCAGCUUGACCCGUGCGCUACAGACACAGUGCUGUAUUUCUUCUCCCAGUAACUUGAUGGGCCGACAGUAUAGAUUCUAUAGUUUCUUCACUAAAUUGACAGCAGAUGAGCUGUGGAAAGGUGCCUUAGCAGAGACUGGUGCCAGAACAAGAAAAGGAAGAGGCAAAAGAACUAAGAAAAAGAAAAGAAAGGAUUUGAACAGGGGUCAGAUCAUCAGUGAAGGGCGUUGUGGCUUCCUAUGGCCUGGUCUGAAUGUCCCUCUUAUGAGAAAUGGAGCUGUGCAGACCAUUGCCCAAAGAAGCAAGGAAGAGCAGGAGAAGGUAGAGGCGGAUAUGGUCCGGCAGAGAGAAGAGUGGGACUGGAAAAGGAAGAUGAAGUUUAAACGGGAGCGAGGAUGGAGUGGAAACACAUGGGGAGGCGUCAGUCUUGGCCACCCUGACCCUGGUCCCAGUGGAGAAACAUAUGAUGAUUUCGAUACCAGGAUACUUGAGGUGAGGAAUGUUUUCAAUAUGACAGCAAAAGAGGGAAGAAAGAGAUCAGUCCGUGUCCUGGUCGCUGUGGGGAAUGGCAGAGGAGCUGCAGGUUUUGCCAUUGGGAAAGCCACUGAACGGGCAGAUGCUUUCAGAAAAGCAAAGAACAAGGCAGUUCACUAUUUGCAUUAUAGAGAACGAUACGAAGACCAUACAAUAUACCAUGAUACUUCUUUAACAUUUAAAAGGACGCAUAUCAAGAUGAAGAAACAACCCAGAGGCUAUGGCCUCCGCUGCCACCAGGCCAUCAUCACCAUCUGCCGGCUCAUUGGCAUCAAAGACAUGUAUGCCAAGGUCUCUGGCUCCGUCAACAUGCUUAACCUCACCCGGGGCCUCUUCCACGGGCUCUCCCGCCAGGAAACCCAUCAACAGCUGGGUGAUAAGAAGAGUCUCCACAUUGUGGAAUUCCGGGAGGAAUGUGGCCCUCUGCCCAUCGUGGUUGCCUCCCCCACGGGGGCCUUGAAGAAGGAUCCGCAGCCGGAAGAUGAGGUUCCAGACAUCAAACUGGACUGGGAAGAAGUGAAGGCCUCACAGGGUAUGAAGCGCUCUGUGUGGUCAAGUUUAAAGAGAGCCGCCACCUAGGCCUCCCUCUGGCCUGGCUCAGCCUAGCCUCUCUUGCU